AUGGCGCGCAAAAACGGACAUGUGGAUAUCAUUGAAGCGCCUAGCUCUGAUCUUCACCAAGAGAGUGGCAAACCGGCGCCUAGCCAGAAUGCAAAGCUCCUGGGAUCUAUAUACGAAAACCGGAUGCGCGUCGGUGUAGAGCGCUGGGUAAAUCUAAAAAUCACCCAACGUGGUGUACUGAGCUGCACAUCUGGUGGAUUCUUCCGAUACGUGGAGCUGGCCCAGUUUCUGCUGGGACAUGCCAAGGAAAACAAGGAAAGCAUUUCUUUAUCAAGUGCAACAGAAGAGCAACUAGAUGAAGCUGCUUACAAGUGGGUCGUACCUGGUCCCUUGCACCAUGUGGCAUUUUACCCUGAUACCGAUUCACCCACACAUUUUGCUUAUGGCGGCGAGCAAGUUCCGCUCUCUCUGUGGAGCAUUAAAAAAACGCUUGCGCAAUAUAACAAAAUCGCUGCGACCGACGCUGGUCAAGAAGAUCAGGACGGUGCACAGCUCGUUGCUGAGAAAAAACGAAGUGCUGCGUCUAAAGGGGGGAAACAUCGUGAGCUUCUUUUCGGAGAGGUAUGGCGUGCCAAGAAUCUUCCCAAUGAUGCUCUCUCACUGCAACGGCAUCCGCUAAUUCGUUCUAUUGCGUUCGUUCCGUCUAAUACCCCUGCCGUGACGAACGACAGUAUACCGGAGACCACCGUGAUUGUCGGUACUAAAGACGGUGUUUUGCGUGUUUAUGAGCCGGCCAAGAAGCAGAAACACGUACACGAGUGGCAAGUUACGCCAAAAAACCAAGGCGCGAUCCGUAUUAUGAUUGUUUCUCAUGGCGAUUCGCAGACCCCAUUGCUUUUUGUAGGCGACACGGCAAGAAACUUGUACGCGGUCAACACAAGCACAGGACGCACGUUGUACCAGUACAAAGGUAAGUCGAGAAGAUUGCUGACAGCAGACAUUACGGGCACGGUUUCCAGUCUGCUUCCUUUGCGCAUCCAUGCAGCCCAAGGCGACAAGACUCUGCUCUUGGGUGCCUCGCUCGAUAGGCUGGUACGUCUCUUUGAUACCGGUGUGCCAUGUGGAAAUGGACAGUGGCGGCGUGGAAAGACGCUCGCCUCCUACUUUACCGGCGUCGACAGUGCCAUGGCGCUGGUGACCGAUGGAAGGCGUAUUGAACAACGCGAAACCCCCGAGCCGGACGCCGACGAUGACGGUGUGUGGGCCGAAAUGCCUGUUGUCGACGACGAUGACCGCAACACCAGCGAGGAAGAAGCACCGCAGAUAAAGCGAACCAAGCGCGCACGCGCCAAUUCAUAG